AUGCAAAACACGUUAAAACAGUUGGGAGAAAAUGUUUCUGAUAAAUUAGUCAUUACUAAAAUACUGAUGACAUUGCCAGAUGAAUACAGGCAUUUUGUAUCUGCUUGGGAGUCGGCUCCGGACGAUAAACAGACUAUUGAUAACUUGGUGGCAAGGUUAUUGAUCGAAGAAGAAAGAAUCAAAGAAAAGAGUGAAUCACAGCAAACAGCAUCAUCAUCUGCUUUUGUUGUAAAGAAUAAAAGGCUUGUGAAGUGUUUCAAAUGUGGCAAAAAUGGGCAUUUUCAAACGGAGUGCAGAAGCUACAAAAAUAAUGGUGAAUCAAACAUGACCAGUAAUCAAACUAACAAUAACUGUUUUUAUUGUAGAAAGUUUGGUCAUUUUAAGGCGCAGUGUCGGUUUAGAAAACAAAAGUAA